AUGCGUCGGGGCAUAAUAGCAGGCAUUACAGAUACAGAAUCUCAGUCUGUAUCCUUUGUCUUGUACCUGGAGGCGAUGUGGAAAAACAAGGCUUAUCUCAUUGUUUCAUCUUUUCCCGUGAUUCUUUUCGGAAAUCGUAAGAAAAUGGAAUCCGGAAAGAAGAGCGAUAAUGGCUGGAAGACGAAACUCAAAGAAGGUUUAACUUGGAGGAAGGAGCUGAUACCCAUCAAGGUUAUUUACUUCCUGUUCAUGGGAGUAAGAAUAGAGUUUCAGUUAUCCCGAUUUAGUGUGAAAAUACAAAUAUUUAAGAAAAUCACGUGUGCACUUCUCUUACAAAGUAAUCAUGGUGAUGUUCUUGUUCCACUGACCAUGGCGAACUGGAAGAGCGCUACGGGUUUCCUGCCAUACCUGACGCUUCACAUGCAGACGCUUGGCAUCACUGUCAAGGAAAUCGCCGUCAUUUAUGCCUUCUUGCCGAUCGCCUCUCUGCUCGGGCCACCGAUAUCAGGCAUCAUCGCGGACAAGUUUGGCAAGUACAAAAUAGUCGUAUGUUUUAAUACUCUGCUGUGUGUCGUCUUCCACUUGUUGCUCCUAUACGUGCCUGUUCGUCCCACCAACUCGCUCACUUUUGCUUGUGGACCAAACGGCCAUUCUCUCACCUGGUCGUCUUGUGAUCAUUGCCACGACCUUCGUAACUCUACCGAUCUUCAUAUAGUCUUAAAGAACUGUAACUUCCUCUGCGAGACAACCGCAACAGAAGCACGCCUUUGUUCCUCACUCCAAAGCGACAGUCCAUGCAUCUCCUUCAAUAUUACAGAAGAGGUAGCCAUCAACGCAACUGUUUUAUCGUGGAGAGAGAAUAACACGUGUUUCCAUACGUCGUCUACCCUGGCGCAUAGUGGACAGGAGUUCGAGAGCCUCGUUUGUCCCUCUGGCUGUCCUCUCGAGUGCCAAGUGACGGUGCCAGAGCAGUGCCAACAUCCUGACGAUCCUUCUAACAGUCCUAAAACAUUCUGGGUCUACUUUGGCCUUCGUAUGAUCAGCACCUUCUUCCUGGCUUCUGCUUUUACUAUGCUUGAUGCCACGACACUGGCCAUCAUCAAGGAACACAAAGCAGAUUUUGGCAAGCAACGUGUCCUUGCGACCAUAGGUACGGGAAUCGUGCCUCUCAUAACUGGCAUCAUACUCGACAAGCACAGUGCCAAUAUAGGGUACACGGACUACAUGCCUGCCUUUUACCUAGGCUGCGGACUUAUCGUCAUAGCUGGACUACUCGUGACUCGCCUCCAGUUCACGGUGGAUAUCUCGAGUGAGAAGUUGGUGCAAAACCUGAAGGCGCUGGUGACGAAGGUGGAGAUCGACAUCUUCCUGGUCAUGGUCCUCGUCCUCGGGUCCAACUGGGGCUUCAUCGAGAGCUACCUGUUCGUCUUCCUCAAAGAGCUCGAAGCUCCGAAUUAUCUCUUAGGUCUCACCCUAACCGUGGGCUGCAUGGUGGGCAUCCCUGUCAUGUUCAUUGCUGACAAGGUCGUCGAAAUGAUGGGUCGACCUACAAUCUUCGUCCUGUCUUUCGUGUGCUACGCGGUCAGGCACUUUGGAUAUGCUUAUUUAACGGACCCGUGGCUGGUAUUUCCCUACGAAAUGCUGGAGGUCUUCACUUACCAGGUGAUGUGGGUCGCCGUGGUCACCUACUGCCCCAUCCUCGCUCCCAAAGGACUCCUCGCCACGAUGACUGGGGUUACGGGCGCCACGCACUAUUCGCUGGGGCGUGGCGUGGGGGCGCUGUUUGGAGGCUACUUGAUUUCGAACUAUGGCCUCCCAGCUGCCUUCAGGAUCUUCGCCUACAUUUCCCUGGCUGGAGCGGCCGUUUAUAUCCUCGUCUAUUAUGUCUACCUUAAGAGGAAGAUGUUAUUGGAUAGUAGAAAAGAGGAAUUAAAAGCAGAGAAGAAGCAGGAAAUUUCGGAGGAAGGGAAGCCCAUGCUGGAUGCAAAGGGUUCCCGUGUUAUUGUCGUUGCUAGCAAGAAGCCUGAUCAAGAUUCUGCUCCUUAG